GGCCGGAAGUGACGCAACGGGGGAGCGCUGCGGGGUGGGCACCGGAAGUGGCGGCGGCCGCAUGGUGGCGGCGGCGGCGGGGAGAUGGGGCGGCCCAGCAAGACCAAGAACCAGAAGAAGGAGCGGGCGGCGGCUCUGCAGCAGGCGCAGCAGGAUUUCGGCACCGUCCCCCACUCCUUCGUCUUCCACCGCGGCCGCGUGGGCAAGAACGUGCGCCAGCUGAUCCUGGACGUGCGCAGGGUGAUGGAGCCUUACACCGCCCGGGCCCUCAAGGUCCGGAAGAAAAACUCGAUGAAGGAUUUCGUGGCCGUGGCCGGGCCGCUGGGGGUGACGCAUUUUUUGGUCUUCAGCAAAUCGAGCUCCAGCAUCAACUUCAAGCUGUUCCGGCUGCCCGGGGGCCCGACGCUGACCUUCAAGGUGACGCAGUACUCGCUGAUCAAGGACGUGGUCUCGUCCCUCAAGCGGCACCGCAUGCACGAGCAGCAGUUCACCCAGCACCCGCUGCUGGUGCUCAGCAACUUCGGCCUCCAGCAGAUCCACGUCAAGCUGAUGGCCAGCAUGUUCCAGAACAUGUUUCCUUCCAUCAACGUCCACAAGGUCAACCUCAACAGCAUCAAGAGGUGUUUGCUCGUCAGCUACGACGCCGAGACGCAGCUCCUGGAUUUCCGACACUACAGCGUGAAGGUGGUGCCCGUGGGCGUGAGCAAGGGCCUGAAGAAGCUGCUGCAGGAGAAAUUCCCCAACAUGAGCCGCCUGGAGGACAUCAGCGAGCUGCUGGUGAAAGACAUAAACCUGUCGGAGAGCGAGGCCGAGCAGGACGGGACCCACAACAUCCUGGAGCUGCCGCAAGCCUACGCCGGCCGGGGGAACAUGAAGGCGCAGCAGAGCGCCGUGCGCCUCACCGAGAUCGGGCCCCGCAUGACGCUGCAGCUCGUGAAGGUGGAGGAGGGCUUGGCGCAGGGCGACGUGCUCUUCCACAGCUUCAUUCACAAAACGGAGGCGGAGGUGCAGGAGAUCCUGGCGCGGAAGGAGGCGAAGCUGCGGCUGAAGACGGAGCGGCGGCGGCAGCAGGAGGCGGCCGUGGAGCGCAAGCGGCAGCAGCGGGAGGCUCACCGGGAGAAGAGCCUGGCGGGGAUCCGGAGGAAAAGGCAGCGGGACGGCGACAGCGACGCCGAGGACCCCGGGGCGCCGGAGCAGCAGGAUCCGGCCGGGCAGUCGGACGAGAGCGACGCCGAGUAUUACCGGCAGGAGGUGGGCGAGGAGCCCGACGAAGAUCUCUUUCCCAACCGCACCAAGAAGCCGCGAGGCCCCUCGGGCUCCGCCGUGCCGCGGAAACGCCGGCGGCGCAGCCAGCAGGAGCAGCCCGGAGCCCCGAAACCUCGCCCGGCAGCACCGGGGAAGCCGCGGAAAAAGGGUCCGGUGCGGACGGACUCGAAGCCCCAGGGAGCAGCCGGGCGAAAAGCGGGACGAGGAAGCGAGCGGCCGGCCCGGGAGGGACGGGGCCACGGCCCCAAGAGGAGAGGGAAGCUGCUGACAAGGGGAAAAAACGAUUUUCAGGCGGCCUGGGCACGCCAAGAAGGGGAAGCGCUGAGGCUGCAGCCGUCUGCCACGCGCCGAGACUGUGGGGGGAGAAGGAAGUUGGCACCGGGGAGGGGGGGAGGACCCCCACUCCUGCUCCUGGGCAAUACACGCUUGGAACGACCACGUGGCGCCGUGUUGGCCGUGGGGGGAGGAAAAACUGUAGGGUCAGCUUAAUUUAAUUAACGUGGGGCGUGAUUUAAUCGGGCGGAGCUCCAUUUGCCAGCUUGUGCCAGGGGGAAGGGGCCGGGGCCUUCACGACUGCGGUUUCGAGGUGGCUCGAGAAGGGGAAGCUCCCGUCCCUGCCCCGUUUCCUGCGCCUCGGUGCGCGGGGUGGGGUGCUGGGAGGAAGAGGAGCACGGAGGGCGCCGUCCCCAGCGCGAGGAAGAGCGCGGCUGCCACCUCGGAGGUGAGCCCGGGGAGCGGGCCGAGUUUCGGGGCUGCGGGGGGGGACGAGGCGCAGCCCCUCGACUCGAUCCUCGGGGUGCUCAGCGGGACGAGGGGACGCAUCCUGUCCAAGGAAGACACCCCCCCCCCCCCCCCCAAGGGGCUCGCCCAGCCUCCCCGCUCUGCCUCCAACCGCCCCACACCGAGGCAGCGACCCUAAAACCGUCGCCCCCCCCCCUCGCCCUCCUCCGGGAGGGGGACGCCGGCAGCCCCCGCGGGAUGGCCAACGCCACCUCGGGCAGCCCCUGCUCCAACUUCAGCCGCUCGCAGGAGGUGCUGUGGCCGGUGCUGGCGGCCCAGUUCCCUCCGGCGCUGCUGGGCAACGCCUUCGCCGUCUUCCGCCUGGCCCGCGAGCGCCCGUGGCCGGUGCCCGUGGUUUAUUCCUUCCACUUGGCCCUCAGCGGCGCGCUCUACUCGCUCUCGCUGCCCGCCUUGGCGGCGUAUUACCGGCCCCCCAAACGCUGGAGCUACGGCGCAGCGCUCUGCAAGCUCGAGCGCUUCCUCUUCAACUGCAACCUCUACGGCGGCGCCUUCUUCGUCGCCUGCGUCGCCCUCAACCGCUACCUGGGCAUCGUCUACCCGCUGCGGCUCCGCGGGCGGCUGAGCUCCCGGCACGCCCAGGCGCUGAGCGCGGCCGUCUGGGCGCUGGCCGCGGGGCUCUCGGCCCCCACCUUGUAUUUUUCGGAGCUGCGGGAGGAGGACGGCGCGGCGGAGUGCUUGGGGAGCGCGUCGCGGGAGCGCCUGCCGCGCUUCCUCGCCUACAGCCUGCUGCUGGCGGCGCUGGGCUGCGCCCUGCCCUUCCUGCUCACCGCCUUCUGCUACGGCGCCGUGGCCCGCGUGGUUUUCCGCAACCCUCGCCUCGGCCCGCUGGAAAAACGCCGCGUCGGGCUGCUGGCGGGGGCCAGCGUGGCCCUCUACGCCUUCUCCUACCUGCCCUACCACGCCUUCCGCAACCUCAACCUGUGGCGCCGCUGCCGCCUGCGGCCGCCCCUGGAGGACUGCGGAGUCUCGCGCGCCGUCCACGCCGCCGCCCAGCUCGGCAAAAUCCUCGUCAACUUCAACGUCUGCCUGCACCCGCUGCUCUACGCCGCGCUGGCCGACAGCGUGCGCUGCUCCUGCUCCUGCUGCUGCUCCUGCUCCUGCUGCUCCUGCUCCUGCUGCUGCCGCGAGGAGCGGGGCGAGCGCCUGGAGCUGCGGCCCAGGAGCGCGGCGGGAGCACGAAAUGGCGGCGGCGGCGAGGCCCCGGAGCCCCAGGAUCGAAAUUCCCUGCCCGGAGAAGGCGGCGACGCGGGGGAUUAAAGGUUAAAUCGUUAAGCGCGGGCCUCGCGGCGUGGCUUUUGGGGCCAAACUGCCUUUUUUUUUCUCCUUUUUAAAAGCAAGGAAGAGAGGAAAGCG